AGGUAACCGCGACACUGACACGUAAGAAUCCUGGGUAAAUUUUAAGGAGGAAGCUACAUCAUUUUGUGAGUUGAUUGUCGAUACGGCUUCCCCGCGUCAGACUUGAUGUAUAGUUGACCUGUCCCGGACCAGAGGCCAGUUCGUACGCCUUUGAAGCGACGCGGGACUGUCCCACAGAGGAGCCGACGCACAAGAUGAGAUUUCCUGCGUUUAUUUCUGUCCUGCGGUCGCUCGGCCCGGUGGUAAUCGGUAUUUCUUUAGGGUUCACGCUGAGUUUAUUGAGUGUAAACUGGACGGAAGAAGCGUGCUACCUGGACGGCAAGGAGGGCGAUGAUGUGACUGUGGGGCAGGAUGGACAGCUCAAAGGAGCCCGAAAGCCCAACUCCAUUGCGACUAUCAACGAUAUGGAGUCCGAAGAAGACUUUGAACCAAGAAUAGUCCCAUAUAAACAAGUCCAACAGAGUGCCCCAAAGAAAGUUUUCAGGGCUAAAUACAUAAGCACAGAGUUGGGGAUGCGAGAGCGUCUGUUUGUCGGGGUCCUGACAUCAAAAAACACCAUAAACACCCUGGGCGUAGCUGUCAAUCGCACCAUUAGCCAUCACCUGGACGCCGUGGUCUUCUUCACCGGCACGCGCAACCGCAAAGUCCCUCAUGGCAUGUUUGUCGUCUCGCAUGGGGACGAGAGGCUAAUAUGGAACAUGUUUCAGAAUAUCAGACACAUUUUAGAUCAUUACAUUAAUGAGUACGACUGGUUUUACUUCGUCCAAGAUGACGCCUACACAGAAGCCGACAGGAUCAAAGCCCUGGUGGAGCACCUGAGUAUGGAUCGAGAGCUUUACAUGGGCAGCCCUGAGGAGUUCAUAGGUGGAGAGAUGGAAGGGAAGUACUGCAACGGAGGGUUCGGGUACAUCCUGUCACGUACCUUGCUCCUCCGACUCCAGCCCUUCCUGGAAAACUGCAGGAAUGACAUCCUGAGCGCAAGGCCCGAUGAGUGGCUCGGAAGAUGCAUCAUUGAUUACACCAACACAAACUGUGUCAAUGAAUAUGAGGGGCUUCAGUACCACUAUUAUGAGUUGGGAAAAAACUCUGAUCCUGGUAAAGAGCAGAGUGAACAGUUCAAGAAAGCUCUGACUGUCCAUCCAGUGUCUGACCCUGAGCAGAUGUACAGGCUGCACAGAUACUUCACUGAGAUUGAGCUCCAGAAGACUUACGAUGAGAUUGCGACACUGCAGGCAGAAAUAAAGAAUGUGAGUGUGGUUGCUUUUGAGGGCAACCGGACCGCCCAGUGGCCUGUGGGGAUCAAUCCACCUUUUGAGCCGAAAUCCCGGUUCGAAGUUCUGAAAUGGGAAUACUUUACAGAGGAGGAGAUUUAUUCCUGUAUCGAUGGCUCUCCAAAGUGUGAACUGCGCGGCGUUGACCGCAUGGAUGUGGCUGAUGUCAUUGACAUAGCCAUAGGAGAGCUAAACAAGAAGUACAAGCCUGUCCUCCACCUGAAGAAGCAGCAGCUGAUUAAUGGCUACAGGCGCUUCGACCCGGUCAGGGGCAUGGAGUACACCUUGGACCUUCAGCUGGAGGCGGUCAACCAAAAAGGUCACAGCCAAUCCAUCGGCAAGCGGGUUCAUCUGGUGCGACCUUUGAGUCGAAUUGAGAUCAUUCCCAUGCCCUAUGUCACUGAAGCCACAAGGGUUCACAUCAUUAUACCUCUUAGUCUGCAGGACCGGAGCUAUGUCAACCAUUUCCUGGAAGUCUUUAGUGCAAAUGCUUUUGAGACCAGUGAAAAUGCCAUCCUAACAUUCUUGUUUAUUUAUGACCCAGUAGAGGCACAGCAAGUUAGCCAGAAUGAUAUAUUUGCCAGCGUGAAAACUCAGAUAAAUGCUUAUGAACGCAAAUACCCUACAGUAAAAAUCCCAUGGAUAAGUGUCAAGACGGAAACACCAUCCCAGAUCAAAUUCAUGGACAUCAUCUCGAAGAAGCACCCGGUUGACACGCUGUUCUUCUUGGCUAAGGUCAACACAAACGUCAAUUCAGAAUUUCUGAACCGCUGUCGCAUGAAUUCCAUUAACAACUGGCAGGUAUUCUUCCCCAUCCAUUUCCAGGAUUAUAACCCUGAUGUGGCCUACCACAACCAGCAGCGUCCGGCCACAGUCGAUAUGGUUAAGGAAGCAGGCCAUUUUGACAUUAGGUCAUUUGAAGAAGCAUGUUUUUACAACUCUGACUACAUGGCAACACGUGCGCGAAUGGUGGCAGACGUCCAGGAGAAUGAGGAGAUUCUCGAGACCCUGGACAUCUACGACAUGUUCGUCAAGUAUUCGGGUCUGCAUGUAUUCAGGGCAGUGGAGCCAGCAUUGCACCAGCAGUACAGCUACCAAGACUGCAACCCGCGGCUUAGUGAAGACAUCUAUCACAGAUGUGUUCAGAGCAACUUGGAAGGUCUCGGUUCCCGCUCCCAGCUCGCCAUGCUGCUGUUUGAGCAAGAACAAGGAAACAGCACUUGAAACCACCACACAACCCAUGUCAAGGGCUUCAAGGGUUACAUCUGUGACCCUGCCUGACAUUCUCCAUCUUUCAAUGUGCAUCAAUGGUUAUUUGGUUUGUUAGAGUUCUUGGCUAGUUUGGAAAAAAUGAAUGCAGUACAUUCCCAAUUAAACCUUUUUCUUAAAUGUU